AUCCACAUUACUCGGACCGUGAAGAAAUCUCCGGCUACUGAAUUGCGCAAACGACGAUAAAUUCUCCGCGCCGAUUUGCCAAUGCUCGCUCAAUCUUCUCCCGCACCCUCCCUUCCUCCGACUCCGCUCUCUUCUCUCCAUUUCUCCCGGUUAAGAUUAGGGUUCCGAUUUGAAUAUGAGCGGCGAUCACCAGCAGCAAUCGCGGCUCUUUGAUGAGAUGUGCGCCCUUUUCCUCACCUUUCUUCGCUCUCCCCACCUUUUUCUCUCCUCUUCGCUGCCGCCAUCGAUGCGGCUCAGCGCCGGAGCCGUUGCCUAUCGCAGGCCGUGCUGGUCGCAGAUCUCGCCGACUGGCUUCGCUUUGCUCCUCGCCGGUGCCUCGUUCGCACUCCUACUCUGUGGGUCCGUCACCUUUGUGCUUGGCUGCAUCCUGUUUCCAUGGGUUAUGGGCUUUGUUAUGGUGCUGUUCUUUGUAGGAAUCAUCUCCAGUCUCUCAGACAUUGGCAAGGCAAUCCUGUGCCCUGCUGUGCCCGAGCCAUCACAGGCCUCCCCCAAGGAGGUUUCAUGCCAACUUUUUUCAAAAUUGCCAAUCAUUUAGGGAGAGCCAAGGAAUAUCCAGAGAGUAACUCCACUUAGACUUGAUUGCCUGAUCUUAUUUCUCCGCCCAUUUUAGCUGUUUUUUGGGUUCCAUGAAUGGAUCUGUUUUCUUUUCUAUUUCCUUCUUUGUUUUUCUUUCCUGCUUUCUUAGCAACUUUCUUAGGCUUCGUUUGGGACGGCUUUCUUCCUGCUUCUUAAAGCAGCUUUCUAGUACAAAUAUUUUAAUUUUUGAACUCGAAAGCUGUUUUAAGAAGCGUCCCAAACAAAACCUUAAUGUUUUCUAAAACAGCUUUUUAAUAUAAAGCUGCAAAAAAGUUGUCUCAAAUGAUGCAUUAAUCAUGUGCAUGCAUAGUUUACUUUGCUCUUAGCUUUAUCACAGGGAACCUGUUUUCUAAUCAGGCACUGCUUGUUGCAUUGUUUAGCUUCAGGAAUUCAUCAAAUUUGUAAAAAAAAACUUUCUCAAAAGUUUGUAUUUUAUUUGUAAUUUCGCUUUACCUUCUUUAA